AUGGAGUACUCUUACCUGAACUCCCGGCACGAGUCCUGCAUGGCCGGCAUGGACACCUCCAGCCUGGCCUCGGACGCCGACUUCAGCUCCUGCAGCCAAGGGGGGCUCCAGUACAACCCCAUCCGGACCACCUUCGGCGCCGGCGCCGCCUGCCCUUCCCUGGGACCCGCCUGCAGCCUGGGAUCCCUCCGAGACCAUCAGAGCAGCCCUACCCUUGCAGUGCCCUACAAGCUCUUCACAGACCACGGGGGCCUGAACGAGAAGCGCAAGCAGCGCAGGAUCCGGACCACCUUCACCAGCGCCCAGCUGAAGGAGCUGGAGCGGGUCUUCGCUGAGACCCACUACCCGGACAUCUACACCCGCGAGGAGCUGGCCCUCAAGAUCGACCUCACCGAGGCCAGGGUCCAGGUGUGGUUCCAGAACCGUCGAGCCAAGUUCCGAAAGCAGGAGCGGGCGGCGGCGGCGGCAGCAGCAGCAGCCAAGAGUGGCUCUUCUUCGGGAAAGAAGUCGGAUUCCUCGCGGGGAGGGGAGGAGGAUGGCAAGGAGGCCAAGAGCACUGACCCAGACAGCACUGGAGGGCCUAACCCCAAUCCCAACCCGGCACCCAGCUGCGGAGGCGGAGGAGGAGGGCCUAGUCCCGGAGGCCAAGGCCAAGGUGGCCAAGGGUCUGAGGCCGGAAAAGGCACGGGCCCCGGUGGGCAAGUGGUGGCGGCAGCGGGCCCCGGGCCUGGCUGGGCCCCCGGGCCGGGCCCACUCGCUUCCAUCCCGGAUUCCUUAGGCGGGCCCUUUGCCAGUGUCCUCUCCUCACUCCAGAGACCCAACGGUGCCAAAGGCAGCCUCGUCAAGGGCACCAUGUUUUGA